AUGUCAAGUUUUUUAAAAACCACUAAAUUUACCAUGUUCCUUAACUCCUGUAUGAUGCACAGUUAUUCUAUUCUCACAUUCUCUCACUGUUCGAAAAUCUCUCUAUACAAUCAGCUGUUUGCUGUCGAAGGAACUGUCAAAAUAGUAUUGUUUUCUUAUGUUGCACAAACAAAGUUCAAAAUAAUAAAGUUUUCUUAUCGAAUACAGCGUGAUUUCAAUGGCAAAUAUUGUCAGGCAUCUCCUUAAUACUUCUCGUCAAAAUUUAUUUUUGUUCGGAAGAUUAUCAAAAUAUUCAUCCACAGCACAGCAGAAUGAGUUGAAGCACGAUCUAAAAUUAAGUGAUUCAUGUGUGAAAAGAUUAAAGGAAAUAUGUCAAGAUGGAUCGUUCCUUAGAGUCAUUGUUGAGGGCGGUGGAUGUAGUGGAUUUCAGUACAAACUAGACAUUGAUAACAAUUUAAAUCCAGAUGAUUUAAAAUUUGGCCCAGAUGAUGCAAAAGUUGUAAUAGAUGAGACAUCAAUAGAAUAUAUAUCAGGAUCGACGGUAGACUUUCAUACUGAAUUAAUAAGAUCUGGAUUUAGGAUAAUUAAUAAUCCAAAGGCUGAUGGAGGUUGUUCAUGUGGUGCUUCGUUUAAUAUCAAAAUAGAUUAAUAUACUGAGAUGCUGAAUAAUAUUAAGUAGAACUGAACAUCCAGAAUUGUUAAGAUUGAACCAUGCCCUUGUAAAUAAAUUACUCAAUUGCAA